CCCCCCAUUCCCACUCCCCCAACACCCCACCUUCCCAGCUUCCCUUCCCAAACGCACCGCAGAGCCUCUUCCUCCUCCUGUACUGCACUCGCACUAGCCGCACCUGCACUGCGCGCACGCCGGCGUUCAAACUUCGAACGUGCUCCACGUCAUCCUCAUGGACGCCAUGUCGUGCCUGGCACCGCCGCCGGCGGCGGCGUCGUUCCUCUCGUCCUCCUCAUCGCUCGGCCCGGCCUACUACACCGACGCCGCCCUCGCGCGCGCGCUCAACUUCUCCGCCAUGCCCGAGUACGAGUACGACUACUCGCCGGCCGCAUCCUCACCCUCCAACUCCGCCUCCGCCUCCGCGCUCUCCUCGUCGUCGCUCCUCGCGGACUUCCCCUGCAGCGCGGGCGAUGGCAGCAGCUGGUUCGCCUCCACGGUCGCGCCGGCGACGGGGUCACUCGCGUGUGACUCCGUGCUGGUCGCGUCAGACGCGGCGCCGCGGCCGCCAUGCACCCCCGUGGGCGCCAGCGCCGCGGCGAACAAGAGGCGGGCGGGCCUGGGGCCGAACGCGGCGGGCGCGGGGCGCGCCGGGAAGCGGCGUGCGCGGGCGUCGAAGCGCGCCCCGACCACGUACAUCAGCACCGACCCGGCCAACUUCCGGCUCAUGGUGCAGCACGUCACCGGCGUCCAGGCCGAGCCGGGCACCGACGACGGCAGCGUCCUGCACGCCUCGUUCGACGCGUCCUCCGCCGCGGCGCUGCUGGAAUGCCACCCGUUCGACGGCGCGCCGCGGAUGCCGGCUGACGUGGACGCGGCGGAGCUCCAUCGCCACCACCAACAGCAGCAGCAGCCGUGCUACCCGACGCUGGACUCGUGGAGCGUCAUGUACGAGAGCAGCCAGCUGCUGUAGCUCCAGCCGAUCACUCAGCUCCAUGUUCUCCAUGCAUCAUUAACCAUGAGUAGUAGUCCAGUCAGGACCGUAGAUUGCAGAUUAAUUACGGCUACUUCAUCUUUUGCC